ACUAUUUCUUUUUCUUUUUCUUACGGGCUGGUGUUUCAUGGAAUUUUCAUGGGGAACAUCCCUUCAGGCUUCAGCUUUCGGUGCAUUGUGAGGCAUCUUCGUGGAAAUUGUCACUCAUAAAUCAAUGCUUUGGUUAAUUUGCCUAGUAAUAUCUUGGAAGCGGCCUCAUCUUAUAUAGACUGAGCCACUGAGGUCAAGGAAUAAUAUCCUCUUACUUUACUCAUGUCUACCCAGCUGCCUUUUUAUCAUUUUCUCACUACUCUAGAUCCAGUCGAUUUCUUCCAAGCUUGAAUCAAUCUUGUGCUUGUUAAUCUAAUGGACGAUCCUUCCUCCUCUGCUUCUUCUUCUUCAUCUUCAUUGACCUAUGAUGGCUUCCUCAGUUUUAGAGGCGAAGACACCCGACAGAGCUUUGUCUGCCAUCUUCACAAAGCUCUGGAACUGAAGGCACUCAAAGUCUACAUUGAUAAAGAAGAUCUUAAAAAAGGCGACCGCCUUUCGGAUCUACUGGAAGCCAUUGCCGAAUCAAAGCUUUUGAUUGUAGUUUUCUCUGAGAACUACGGGAAUUCCACAUGGUGCUUGAAAGAACUGGUGCAGAUUAUGAAAUGCAAGGAGAAGCAGAACCAGAUUGUGAUGCCCGUUUUCUACAAAGUAGAUCCUUCCCACAUUCGUAAACAGACGGGAAGUUUUGGUGAAGCUUUUGCCAAGCAUGAACGCGACCGCGAAAGGGACGAGGAGUUGCUGCAAGAAGUGCAGACAUGGAGAUCCGCUUUAAGGAAAGCCGCCGACUUAAGUGGCUGGGAUUCCAAAAAUUAUGAGGAUGAUGCUCGUCUUAUUGAUGAUAUUGUAAAGGAAGUCUUUGAUAAAGUGAAUCGGAUCUCGCCACACAUAGAGGAUGGCUUGGUUGCAAUGGAUUCCCAUCUGCAUCAAGUGGGACGACUAUUAAAUGAUGCGCCGGAUGAUGUUGUCUGUGUCGGAAUCUGGGGAAUGGGCGGCUUGGGUAAAACCACCAUUGCCAGGGCUGUUUAUGACAGAAUUUGUCAUAAAUUUGACCACCAUUGCUUUCUUCAAAAUGUGAGGGAAGGCUUCACGAGGAAAGGUGAAGUGAAAAUGCAACUUAAAUUUCUAUCUGGAAUCUUGAACGAAAAAGUCAGCAAUUUUGAUGGAGGGUACAUGAAGAUGCUGAAAAGGCUAGGUGACAAAAAAAUCCUAGUUGUUCUUGACGAUGUACUCGAUUCAAGCCAGAUUGAUACCUUGCUCGGAGAGAGACGUUCAUUUGGUGGUGGAAGUAUAAUUAUUGUAACAACUAGAGAUGAACAUGUGGUGCGUGGAUUUGAGAUAUACAAGCCCGAGCCAUUAAGUGAUGAAGAUGCUCUGAACCUCUUCAGCCAGAAGGCCUUCGACACAUGCAAACCCCCUGGAGAGUAUGAACAUCGCUCAAAGCUCAUAGUAGAAUAUGCACGCGGUUUGCCCUUAGCACUUAUAGUAUUGGGAAAGUUUCUUCGUAAGAGAAGUGUAGAUCACUGGGAAGGUCAGCUCAAGAAAUUGAAGGAAUGUCCGCACGCAGAUAUUGAGAACGUGCUUAAAAUAAGCUAUGAUGGACUAGAGCCUUGUCAGAAGGUCAUAUUUCUAGAUAUUGCAUGUUUCUUUAAAGGAAUGAAGAAAGACUAUGUAACAAAAGUUCUUGACAAUUGUGACUGCAUCAGUCCCGGCUUGGACUUAGAUGUUCUAGUUGAAAGAGCUCUUGUAACUAUCUCAUACUGCAAAACGCUUGAGAUGCACGAUUUACUACGAGAAAUGGGUAGAAAAAUUGAAAAAGGCAGGAAGCGGAGUAGAUUUUGGGGUGAAGAAGCUGAGCAUGUGCUUACUGAAAAUACGGCUACGGAAAAUGCUGGACGCUUGAUGAUUGACUUGCCGAAAAAGGAAGGCGGAUCCUUCAAUACUUCAAUGCGCAUAUUCACUUACGGGCAAAGCUAUGCUGGAGAUGACGGUCAAAAUCACUUGACUGGGGACUUCAAGUUUCUUUCUCGUGAGUUGAAGGUUCUCGUCUGGCAUGGAUAUCCCCAAAAGUGUUUGCCAUCCAACUUUGACCCCAAGAAUCUUGUUCUGCUUGACGUGCGUUACAGUAACUUUGAACAACUUUGGGAAGGAACCAAGCCGGCGGAAAACUUGAUUAGCAUCAAUUUGAGUGGCUCUCCAUAUCUUAAAAGAAUCCCUAACUUGACUCUUGCGACAAAUCUUAAGGAACUCGACUUUCAAGGUUGUUCAAGUUUAACGGAGGUUGACCCAUCCAUUUCAGCUCUUAAAAACCUUGUUUUUCUUAAUUUCCUUAAUUGCGAGGAACUUAGGAGUCUUCCGAGCAUUGGUCAUAUGAAGUCUCUCAAAACUCUUCAUCUUGGUUACUGCUUAAAGUUUGAGAUGUUUCCAGAGAUUUUGGAAGGUAUGGAGGCACUAUCAACGCUUAAAUUAACUCACACUCCAAUUAAGGAGUUACCAUCGUCAAUUGAACGGCUUCGGGGGCUUAAAUCAUUAGACAUGACAUUCUGUGGAAGCCUUAUCCGUCUUCCAGACAGUAUCUGUAAUUUAGCAGAACUUAGAGAUCUCAGCUUGAGAGACUGCUCAAAACUUUGUAAGUUGCCUGAGAACAUUGGCAAUUUAGAAUCUUUGAUGGAACUUCGAGUAUACGGAACUGGUUUAGAACAACUGCCAGUCUCUAUCUUACGUUUGAAGCUCGCUAGAUUAUUGUUUUCUUAUUGCCAAAAAAUGGCGGCUCCCCUUUCAUCAUGGCCAUCAUCAAUUGAAGAUUGUUGUACUGCUGUGGUACAUCUUGAUUUCAGAGGUUGCAAUCUGCUGGAAUUAUCAGAUGCUAUUGCUUAUUUUUCUUCAUUAAAAGUAUUAUGCUUGUCCGGAAACGAAAAUUUGGAGAGCUUGCCUGCAAGCAUGAAACGACUUGAUUUCUUAGAAGAGCUUAAAUUGGACGGUUGCAAGAGACUGAGAUCAAUACCAGAGCUUUCACCAACAAUAAGAUACAUAAAUGCACAUGAUUGCACAGCUUUGGAAUCUGUUUCGACACCACAGUCUCCCUACGAUAUCAGUCGGUGCUUCAUAUUUUCUAAUUGCAGUCAGCUGGUACAGAAAGAUGUUUUCAGAGAUAUUGUGGAAACUCAUCUCCCUCCUCAGCGUAAUUGUUUCCGACCCUUUUAUGUCUCUUUUCCUGGAAGGAAAAUUCCAAAGUGGUUCACCCAUCGGUGUAGGGGGUCUUCCGUAACUGCCAAGCUACCACCAAAUUGGUUUGACAACAAGCUUUUGGGCUUUACUAUAUGCGCGGUUACUAAAAAGCCCCAGGAUAAGGGACGGAUUGUUCGAUGUAUCUGUACCUUCAAAGGAGAUCAUUGCAAGUACCGUUUCAGUUUCUAUUUGGCUGCCAACUGCCGUGAAUCAAAUCACAUGUUAGUGGGAUAUAUGCCAUGGUCUGAAUCUGGCAUGAUUAAGAGAGAGGAAGUCAAUGAACGCCGUUACACAGAGGCCAAAUUUGAGAUACAAUGGCACUAUAAAGCGGGUUUUGAACUCUACAAAUACGAGUCGAGUGACCCAUUCAUCAAAAGGUGCGGAGUUCGAUUCGUUUUUGCCAACAAGGAGGAAGAUUUUGGGGAACCAAUGGUAGAAGUUGAUAAUUCUGAGAGGCGCCUUGAGGGGUGCUCGGUUGAACCCAGUGGUAGUGGCAUCACAAGUGACACUUCCGAUGACGAUGAGCAAUACCUUAAAUUAUUAUCAAAAGUUUUUAAAGGCGCAAACAGACCACCGAGUUACAUCAAAAUUGAGGACAGUGAUUCAUCUGAGGGUAGUGACAUCACAGGUGACACCUCCGAUGAGGAUGAGCAAUACCUUAAAUCAUCACAAGCUUUUAAAGGCGCAAACAGAGCACCGAGUUACUUCAAAAUUCAGGACAAUGAUUCAUCUGGGAAGAGGAAAACCCUGGAAAGUUGGACGCAAGAAGUCAGAGUUACAUCGGGUCUGAGCCAAGGGCCUCUGGAUGAUGGUUUUGUCUGGUUCUGCUGCAGCUUUGGGAUUGACGGACACGAGUAUAUAUGUACACAUCGUGGACGUGUCUGUUGGGCCAAAGCUAUAGUGCCAGCUCACACUGACCCAACAAUCCUUAAAGUUACUUUCGUUGGGAGGCACACUUGUUGGAAAUUUCAACCAAUGUUGACACACCAGGUAAGAGUUACACCGGCUAUGAAGAUUGAAGGUCCUUUUGAUGGCUUUACAUGGAGGAAGUAUGACCAAAAGGACAUGCCAGGAGCUAGAUACCCAAGAGUCUAUUACGUAUGCACUCCUCAAAAUAUCGGAGGCUGCAUGGCCGUAAAGGAAGUCCAAAGCUCCAAUGAUAAAAAAAUCCUUAAAAUUACUUACAGAGGAAGGCACACAUGUACACUAGCCUCCACCAACAAUGGAAGAAGGGGUGAUAGCAAGACCUUCGUGGGCAGUGGUGCAUCGAGUAUUCAUGACCAAGUUGUCCAAUCACCAAGCUCACCAGGAGCCAAUGGUCAUGGAGGAAAUGUAAUUGCAAUUGCUGCUGGGCUUGCUGCUGCACCUGCUGUUGCCACUGAGACUUAUGUUUCGGAGAAGAAGGAGAAGAAGAAGCGCAAACAAGAGGAAAUAACUGACAGUCCUGUUCUAGUUCCCGCAAAGAAAAGCAAAGGUGAAGAAGUGGCUGAGCUUGAAGUUGAGAAGACAGAAAAGAAGAAGAGGAAGAAGAAGAAUAAAGAAAAUGGUGUUUUGGAUUCUUUAGAUGGGGAGAAAUCUGUGAAGGUGAAGAAGCACAAAGAUAAAGAAGAAGCUGGUUCACCUCAAACUGAAAAGUCUGAAAAGAAGAAAAAGAAGAAAAACAAAGAGGCUGAGGAUCAUGGUGCUGAUGCUGCCACUGAUAAUGGCAAGGGUCAUGGAGAGGCUGAUAAGAGUGAGAAAAAGAAGAAGAAGAAGAAAAAGGAUAAAUCGGAAGAAGUGGCUGAGCUUGAAGUUGAGAAGACAGAAAAGCAGAAGAAGAAGAAGAAGAAGAAGAAGAAAAAGAAUAAAGACAAUGGUGUUUUGAAUUCUUCAGAUGGGGAGAAAACUGUGAAGUUGAAGAAGCACAAAGAUAAAGAAGAAGCUGGUUCACCUCAAACUGAAAAGUCUGAAAAGAGGAAAAAGAAGAUAAACAAAGAGCCUGAGGAUCAUGGUGCUGAUGCUGCCACUGAUAAUGGCAAGGGUGAUGGUGAGGCUGAUAAGAGUGAGAAGAAGAAGAGGAAAAAGGAUAAAUCGGACGCUGACGAAGUAUAGAUGAAAGGUUUAGUAGUAGUGUCUUUAGUGUAUGCCUCUCUUUUCUUUCAUCUAAUGAGAACUUUCCAUCUAACUUAUGGAUUUUCAUAUCUCGUAUAUGUAAUUUCUUUAUCAAUUUUCUGCAGAACUAGUU